CCCGAUAGGCAGCACUACUGUCCACGCGAUAACAGCCCCAGGUUCGUGUGGGGACUCCAGGUGCCGUGAUCACUGGACAUACGCCUACCUUACCUUUAUCCCAUCAUUCAACGUUUUAAUACUCACCUCCUAUCGAGACUUCUUUUAUUUUUUUUUUCUUUUCAUCUACCUGUUAUCUAAUCUACCCAUCAAUAACCUUACAAAACUUACACAUUCAUUUCUCCUGUCGCCCUAAAUCCGGUAUAAAAGCAGCAGCCAUGGGUUCGAGGCGGAAACGCCAGGGUUCAACAUGUCACUCCGCCGGCAGAGUGACAGCUCAACUGCUCUUGUCGUUCCUCGCAAUAUCCGCCUCUCCGGCGGCUGCUAGCCUCCAAAACCAAGAGGCGACAUUCCCAGACACGCCGUUACUCACACCUUUAAUACCAGAACCGCCGCAACCGGCCGAGCAUACCUUUACACUACGUCACAUAUACCACCACGGGACGUACCGCCACCCUGGGCUUCACCGAAGGAAAGACAUUCUUGAGCCAGAGGCUGAGGUAUGGUUGGCCGGCGAAGAUGGACAUGCUGCGGAGCGAAUAAUGCCUUUGAAGGCAAAGAGUCAACCUCGGAAGAUUGAGCGUCUGGUUGAUCGACGGCCGAGCACUAUAGAUCCGUUGGUUGCCGAGGCCCGCCAACGCGGUUAUGUCAUCGCGAGCAGCCCAUCUGCAUGGGCUGUCGACGACGUCUUGGGCCCCGAUGUCACCGAUAAAGAAACCGUCUUGACCAUGGCGUUGGUCGCGUCCGAUGCAUAUGUGGAGAAACCCGGUAUGCCGGACUGGGAAGAAGUUGGAGAGCCGUUCAAUAGGAGUGCUGAUUUCGGCUGGGAGACCGAUGGACUCAGGGGGCAUAUCUGGGCCGACGAAAAUAAUUCCACCAUCAUCAUUGGUCUCAAGGGAACGUCACCGGCCGUGUUUGAUGGAGAGGGUACGACUACCAAUGACAAGAUCAACGAUAACCUCUUCUUCAGCUGCUGCUGUGCCCAGCAAGGCCAAUGGUCAUGGCACCAAGUCUGCGACUGUGCAACUAGCACCUACACCUGUAACAACACGUGUGUGAAGACCGCUCUACGUGAUGAAAAUCGAUACUAUCAGGCAGUAAGAGAGUUGUACGCAAAUGUUACGGAAAUUUAUCCGGAAUCAGAUGUCUGGGUUUCUGGACAUUCACUGGGUGGAGCAGUUAGCUCUCUACUUGGUUUGACAUACGGACUUCCUGUUGUGACCUUUGAGGCCGUCCCCGAGGCGUUGGCAGCCGGAAGAUUGGGUCUUCCUGUUCCACCACACGCAGACCCCAACUUUCCUCAGACGCGGCAGUACACCGGAACGUACCACUUUGGACAUACGGCCGACCCUAUUUACAUAGGAACAUGCAAUGGCGCAACCGCCUCGUGUUCUUUUGCAGGAUACGCCAUGGAGUCGGCAUGUCAUACCGGCUACGAGUGCACUUACGACACGGUUGCCGACCAUGGCUGGCGAGUAGGUAUCGGAACUCACAAGAUACGAUCUGUGAUCAACGAUGUCAUUCGAAAGUACGAUGACGUUCCGAAGUGCAAGUUUACCCCAGACUGCAGAGACUGCGCGAACUGGAAAAUGUACGAGAGCAACAGUACGGAUGGGACAACAACCUCGAGUAGCUCCACCACGACUAAGACGCGCACUCGAACGGCUACCUGCCAGACGCCCGGAUGGUGGGGCUGUCUUGACGAAACUACAACGACGGGAACUCCUAGCACUACCACUUCAAGCAGCUCGACUUCGACCUGUAAGACCCCAGGAUGGUUCGGCUGCAAUGACGAAACUACUACCACCACCACGAGUACUACGUCUACCUCUACCUCUGUCACCACAACCUCGUCUACCACCUGCACAUCACCGGGCUGGUGGGGCUGUAAUGACAAGACGCCUGCAACCGUCAGUACCACCACCACUACCUCCCCGGCCCACGUAAUUACCUCCCCCCCGCCAACACCAACCCCUACAUCCGCCGCCCCCAAGCCGGAACCCACGACAUCCCACUGCGUCGAGCGGAAUUGGGUCGGUAUGUGCAAGGAGUGGGAGAAAUGCGCAAAAGACGCCACCGGCGCCGUCGUGUGCGAGGAGUGGGUCAACGACGAGAUAUAGAGGUGUAUUCAUAUGUAAGUGUAGGCCUUCGCGCAGCCUACGUUGUGUUGAUUAGCAGCAUAGAUCGAAUUGCUUUAUUGUUUAUCCAGUUGGACUAGAUUGGAGCUUUGUUGGCGCUUACUUGUUUACUUGGAUCGCAUUAUUCGAGGGUUUUUUUUUUUCCUUGUUCUAAUGUCGCACUACGACUGGGUUGAGGCGCCGAUGUGGAUUUUAUUUAUUUAUCAUCGUUGUUAUUAUUGUCACCAUGGUUCAUAUGACCGACCGACUGACACGAGCAUGAGUAUAUCAUAUCACCAUAUCAUAUCAUAUUCUUUUAUACAUAUACACAAAUAUACAUAUACAUAUAUAU